CUCAACAGCCUUCAACUUUUAACAGCACUCUCCAAACACAAUCUUCGACUCUUCAGUCAGAAACAUCGCCGAACCUCGUGGCCGAUUCAGUCCCUUGGUUUCACCCCAUCGAACCCUCGUGUUCAACCCAAAACCGUUUAUCCUAAAAAAGACACAUAAAACCACAGAUCGAGGCAUUUCUUCCUCGAUCACUCCCAAGUCGUCAAGACGUUUUCCAAUCUCCUCAACUCGGUGCACCACCCGUUCGCAGGAGCCCGUUGCUCAGCCGAUUCCGGAGGAGCAUCGGACUCGACCGAAACACAGUAAAGGUCCAACUUUACUGCAAGAACCCGUAAACAUCUGAUCAAGCCACUUCCGCGCCAAGAAGCCAAACUCGCCAAUUCGCCAUGGCUCCCCACGCGCAAGUCAGCACGGGCUCCUCGAACGGGGCGGGCCACGCCAACGGACACGCCGGCGCUGCUCGCAGCACCUUCGUCGUCAACUCGCCCAACGUCACCUACACCGAUGCGGAGAUUAAGUCCAAGUACACCUACCGCACUACUAGCGUCGAGACCAAUGCCUCGGGCGACUUCGUCGCCACCCCGAAGGAGGUCCUCUACGACUUCAAGGUCGACCGCAAGAUCCCCAAGGUCGGCAUGAUGCUCGUCGGCUGGGGCGGCAACAACGGCACCACGGUCACCGCUGGCAUCCUCGCCAACCGCCGCAGCAUCGUCUGGGACACCAAGGAGGGUCCCCGCGAGGCCAACUACUACGGCUCCGUUGUUAUGGGCUCCACCAUGAAGCUGGGCACCGACGCCAAGACCAACAAGGAGAUCAACAUCCCCUUCCACAACGUCCUGCCUAUGGUCCACCCCAACGACCUCGUCAUUGGCGGCUGGGACAUUAGCAAGAUGAACCUGGCCCAGGCCAUGGACCGUGCCCAGGUCCUCGAGCCCGCCCUCAAGGCCCAGGUCAAGAAGGAGAUGGCCGAAAUGGUGCCCCUGCCCUCCAUCUACUACCCUGACUUCAUUGCCGCCAACCAGGAGGACCGCGCCGACAACGUCAUCGAGGGCUCCAAGGCCUCCCUGGCGCAUGUUGAGCAGCUCCGCAAGGACAUCUGUGACUUCAAGGCCAACAACAACCUCGACAAGGUCAUCGUCAUGUGGACCGCCAACACGGAGCGCUACGCCGACAUCAUCCCGGGCGUCAACGACACGGCCGACAAUCUGCUCAAGGCCAUUGAGCAGGGCCAUGAGGAGGUCUCCCCCUCCACCGUCUUCGCUGUCGCUUGUAUCCUGGAGAAGGCUCCCUUCAUCAACGGCUCGCCCCAGAACACCUUUGUGCCCGGCGCCAUCGAGCUGGCCGAGAAGCACAACGCCUACAUUGGCGGCGACGACUUCAAGUCGGGCCAGACCAAGAUGAAGUCGGCUCUCGUCGACUUCCUCAUCAAUGCCGGCAUCAAGCUCACCUCGAUCGCCAGCUACAACCAUCUCGGCAACAACGACGGCAAGAACCUGAGCUCGCAGAAGCAGUUCCGCUCCAAGGAGAUUUCCAAGUCCAACGUUGUCGAUGACAUGGUUGAGGCCAACUCGGUGCUGUACAAGAAGGGCGAGCACCCCGACCACUGCGUUGUCAUCAAGUACAUGCCCGCGGUUGCCGACAACAAGCGCGCUCUGGACGAGUACUAUGCUGAGAUCUUCCUUGGCGGUCACCAGACCAUCUCUCUGUUCAACAUCUGCGAGGACUCGCUCCUGGCUUCGCCUCUCAUCAUUGAUCUCGUCGUUAUCGCCGAGAUGAUGACGCGCAUCCAGUGGAAGGCGUCCGACGCCGAGGGCGACUAUAAGAACUUCCACAGCGUCCUGAGCGUCCUCAGCUACAUGCUUAAGGCUCCUCUGACUCCCCCGGGCACCCCGGUUGUCAACGCUCUUGCCAAGCAGCGCGCGGCCCUGACCAACAUCUUCCGCGCCUGCGUCGGUCUCGAGCCUGAGUCGGACAUGACUCUUGAGCACAAGUUGCUUUAAGCUCUCGAAGUGUGUGAUGUCUUUGGACGGGCCGGCAGAGGACCUUGUGUAAUGAGAUGAGAGAUGGUGUCUCUGGCCAGUCUUUACCGGAUGCACCUUGGACAAGACGAAGACCAAAAAAGAAAAAAAGUAGAAACAGCCCGGGCUCGUAAUACUUGCAGCACGGUGCAAGUCGAGAACGGAAAUACCACUGCUGUUUCUUUAACUUGCCUCCUUCAUUGAUGCAAUGUGAC